AUGAACCACACGCUCGCGAUCUAUCUUCUACUGGCUGUGCUCAUUACUGUGGCCGCUCCCGCGCCCGAACUCGACUUCGAUGAAUCGUCAGAUGAUAGCGUUGACCUCUCCACUCCAACCCCAAGCGCUACGAUAUCUGCGACAGCAUCCAGGUCCACAAUCGAAGAAUUCUUACUCGGCCACAGGACAACCGCAGUCAGCACUAUCGAGUCGACGUACAAGAACUGGGUCGGCCCCUUGACGAAGUCGCCAAACACCGCGUGCUACCGCGAAUCGCACUUCGGUAAGACAUGUCCGCAUGACUUCAACCACAAAAUGGGCAUGUGCUGGGCGCAGUGUCCGCUAGCCUACCCGGUCAAGUGUGGAAUGGAGUGCAUCCGACAGAACGACGACUGCGCACUCGAGAUCGUCACCAAGGUCGCAGUCGUGGUGCAAGCCACGGUGGCCAUGGGCGCCUUCAACCUCUACGGCCAGUUCAAGCUCAUGGCCAAGGCCGUCCAGACCGCCUUCCGGUGCGUCAAGGACCUGUCCAUCUUCGUGCGGCAGUUCGCCAAGUUCAUCCGCAACAUCAAGGUGAGCGACCCGCAGACGCCGCAGGACAAGCUGCUGUUGAUCCUCUACUACUCGGACAAGUUCAUCUUCGACCUGCCCGUGACGAUCGCCAGCUGCAUGGGCAUCAUCGUCAAGCCCAACGUCCGAUUCGCAGACAAGAUCCUCAACACAGCCGAACUCGUGACCAGGGAGGUGAUGGUGAACUCCGACUCGAUCCUCGAUAGCUGGGACUCGUUCAAGGGGUUCAUGAAGAGGGUUCUGCUGGGCCAAGUGAUCGCCAACGUGACGGAAACCGAGAUCACCUCGCUGACGUCUGCUCUCAAGUCCAACACGACCUGUGGCUACGACCUCAAGCGUCUCGCAGACCGCACGUGGAUGACCGUGCUAGCUCUCCGCAAGCGGAACCCAGACAUGUCCGAGAACGAGCUCCGAGUUGAAAUCAGCAAGUCGAGCCUCGUCCUGAACGAGAUCCCGAUCGCCACCAACAACUGCAUGAAGGAGCUCGUGGCCGAGUCGGACGAGACGACGGCGUACGCUACUCGAAUGACGCUGCGCAUGACCUUCGGGGUCAUCGUCGAGGACCUGAUCAAGUCCGGCACGAGCGACAACGGAACUUUCUACACGGCCGAGCAGUACGCGUACAACGUGGCAGACAAGGCCUUUGCCUUCUGGGGCGUGUGGGACAUCAAGGGCAUCACCAGCAUGAUCGGCGAGUACUUCCAGACGAUCUGUGGGCCGACCAAGUUUAUGGGUGAGAUCGACGACGGUCCGGCGGCGGACGCGCUGGGGCUCUCGGCGGUGGGCAAAGCGUUCAACGGCAGCUUCGGUAACUGGACGAAGGAGGGCGACGGCACCGUCACCAUCAACUUCCAGAGCAGCGACACGGAGGACGUGACUGUGAACAUCCUCUCGGCGGGAGACAAGGUGGACGAAGUGGACGUCUCGGCCGGUGGCAGCGCAACGUGGAGCUCCAACGUGAGCGCUCUGGGCGGCAAGACGCUGUACCUGGACCGGUGGCGUCCCGGGUUGCUCGGUCUGCCGGGCACAGGCGGUGGUUCGCUGCUACUGUGGGUGCCUCGAGCGAGUCAGGGCGGCAACCUUGAGCUAAAUGUGAAGCUCAAUGUUAGUUAG